CUUACAACGCGAACUGAUCCAGGAUCACAAAAAUCACUCACCAAUAAACUUGGACUUGACAGAUCUGAUGCCAACUUGAAGAACCUGAGAAAAGGCAAUGGUAGAAGAGAACUAAGAAGAAUAAAAAGACUAAAAUAAGCCUACAGACAGGUGCUUAUCCAUCUGUCUCUAUUUUGGAAGAGUAGAGAACAGAUCUCUGACAAGCAGAACAUCAAAGAGACGUCAACAAGGUACUAAAGAGAAGUGUUAACAUUUCUCAGGACAGCAUCCUGGUGUAACCAAGACACAGAAAAGGAAAAAGAAUCCUGCGCAUUUCAGCUAUGUGGUUCCUGGCUGUUGUUGUAACCUGCAGUCUGCUUGUGGGCACACAGGCUCAGGGCACUGCCAACCUUAAGAGGUGGAAUGACCAAAACAGGCGCUGCCAGUAUACCUUUACUGUGGAAAGCCCCACUGAAGCUAGCUGCCCCUCUUCAGGCUUCAGUCCCGAGACGGAAGCCCUCAAGUCCAGGCUUGGGCUUGUGGAGGCUCUAGUAGCUCGUCUGGCUGGAGGUGAGACUCUGGGAACUGAGGCUCAAAUGGGACUUCAGGAGGCCUACAGUCAGGCAGUCAGGGAGAGGGACAGGUUGCAGCAAGAGAAAGAUAGAUCGACUGAACAGAUGGAGGAGCUCCAGCAGAUGGUUGAGGAACUCCAACAGGAGGUGCUGAGGCUAAGGAACAAACCAUGCCCACAGCAGGUUCCACCAGGUGUGCCACUCAGCGAUAGCAGGGUCCAACCAGGAACAGGCAUCACCCACUCAAAUCUGAUGGCCAGACCGGGCAGGACACAAGACACAGGCAGAGUAAGAGACCCAUCUUGGUCUUAUGGCAGCCCUGCAUACCAGGAGUUAAAGGCUGAAGUUGCUGAGUUUCCUGCCCCAAAUACAGAUGAAACUACAGAUAGUAGAGGCUGUGGCGAGCUACUGUCGAUAGGAGAUCCGAUUACCCACCGUAAAGCAGACAGCAUUGCUGGUAAGUAUGGCGUGUGGAUGCAGGACCCUGAAGCUGUAACCCCAUAUAACUCCAACAUGGUAUGGCGAAUAGACACUGUAGGCUCAGAGGUGCGCCAGCUUUAUGGAUACGACGAUAUGGAACAACUGUCUCGCGGCUUUCCUUCCAAAGUGCUGCUCUUGCCGGAGGCGGUGGAAAGCACAGGUGCAGCAAUGUACCGGGGCUCACUCUACUACCAGAGGCGUCUUAGCCGCACACUGAUUCGCUACGAUCUAGGAUUAGAGACUAUCGCGGCCCGUCGAGACCUUCAGCAUGCUGGCUUUCACGGACAGUUUCCCUACUCAUGGGGCGGCUACACGGACAUCGACUUUGCUGUGGACGAGAAUGGACUCUGGGUUAUCUACAGCACCAGCAAGGCCAAGGGUGCCAUUGUGAUCUCACAGUUGGACCCACACACCCUUGAGGUGAAACAAAGCUGGGAAACCAACAUUCGCAAAACCACCGUGGCUAAUGCCUUUAUCAUCUGUGGCAGGCUGUACACGGUGGCCAGCUACGCUUCACCCGAUACCACCAUCAACUACAGCUACGACACAAGCACCAAACAAAGCAAGGCCGUUUCAAUCCCAUUCAAAAACAAGCACCGUUACAACAGCAUGGUUGACUAUAACCCAGCUUCGAAAAAGCUCUUAGCCUGGGACAACUUCCAUAUGGUGUCAUAUGAUGUCCGGCUGGGCAAGCAACAGUGAAGGGUUAAGUGAUAAUGGUAGUUAUAGGGUAUAAAGAGGUUAGCAGAUCAAAGACCAAAAUAUAUAUACACAUAUCAGUAUAUUGGCUUUGCUAAUUAUCACAGAUGUAAACUGUGACAUUAACCAAACAGUUACUAAAAAGUACAAAUAAAUAGCCAAGAGAACAGCCAAAGCCCAUUUUACUACAGACAGGUCAUGUUAAGAUAUGAAUGGGAUAUAUGAUAGCAAAACAUGGUGGUUGGACUAUAAAAAAGAGCUCAUUUUUGGGCCAGUGAAAAGCUAGAUCAACCUCAUUCUUUCACUUUAGCUGAUGUUUAUU